GAAAUCUUGUUGGUUUUGUCGGUGGAUCAUCGUCAGCAAUGAGCUUGCCUAGGAUAAAGAACAGUCGAUCGCUUGAUUGCUUAUAUGGUGACUGGUGAGUAACUACCUCUAUUUCAUUUUUUUUUCUACUUUUAGGGUGUCAGGUGAUGCUCAAACUUUGAUUUAUUUUUUAUGGAUUCUUCGGCUGCAAGAACAUCUCGACGAUGAACUUGCCAGAGAAGGGUUGUCCGCUGACUGGUUUAGAUGUCGGUUUUAUGCACUGUGUUACCUAAGAAAGUCAAUUUUUACGUACCCAUGUUUGUGUUUAUUCUUUCUUUCCUUUAUGGGUUUUGGUUUAUACUCAAACUUGAUUUCCUUAAUGGAUUUAUUCGCUGUAGGAACCAUGUUGACACCGGGCUUGCCUAGGGGGAGGAGGGUUGUCCACCGGCUGAUUUGUUAGAUGAUGAGUUUCUAUGCUUCAUUUGUGUUACCCAGAAACGCUGGUUUUUGAAGAUAAAGGAAGAAGAGGAUGGAAGAAGAUUUGGUGAGUUUAUGUACUAAGAUUCUUCCAAUGGAUAUGGUGAGGCACUUCAUGCAGAUUGAUAUUGGCAACGAUCUGCUGGUGACAAUGGCAGAGCGAUGGCGCCCCGAAACACAUAUGUUCCACUAUCCGGAGGAGGAAAUAACGAUCACCCUCAGAGACGUUGUCAUCCUCACCGGGCUGCCGGAGAGGCCAUCAUCGACCACUCGAGAAAACCUAAAGAAGGUUGGAGGCCACUGAUUCUCUAGCGUAUGGGGUUCAACAUGCCGCCCCAAACUGAAGUCAAAGGACAUGGGCAUCCAGCGCUGAAUGUGAGGCAAGUAUCGAUCUGUGGCUCGUUGAUCGCAUCCAAAAUGCGGUUCAUAUCGGCCCAAACACCCCCGAAGAUAAAGUGGAGCGGUAUGC